AUGGCAGACCAGUCAAUCACUUCGAUUUAUCUGCCCCUUGGCAGCCCCUAUCACUGGCGCCGGUGUCCAUUCCAUGACGCCUGGUACCAACUGCACAUCUUGCGAGUCCAGCAUAGAUGCAUCAUCUCUAAUGUGGGAUCCGCAAUACAGCUAGGCGAUGCGGAGGAUUUACGAAUAAUGCUCCGUGAUGGCGCCUCACCAAACCGCGCGUGCCACUGGGCGGAAUACACCGGAUUCGAGUUCCCGCUGCGCCUCGUGACGGCCCACAGACACCACAAGAGAACAGACGAGUGCUUCUUCGCCCUCCUAGAAGCCGGAGCAAACAUCCAAUCCCAAUUCACGGACGAAGAUGAUCUGCGCAGCCUCAGAGACCAGCUGCUGCUCUUUGCGUUCCGCCCCAAUGCCACCCUGAGGGUCCUCGAGGCUGCGCUAGACAUGGGCAUCGCGAACUCGGCGGACGCCCGCGAGCGCCUGGUCCAGCUCGCCACCCAAGAAGAUUGGUAUCACGGGCGCAACCCGAACGGAAACAACAAUUGGACCCCACAAGACCAGCAUCUGCAGCGUCAGAGGCAACGCAUCGUGCUAAGGAGGGUCCCCUUGUCCGAGGAGCAGACGGCCCGGUUCUGGCGUGGUGAGGAGACAAACCACCGAGGCGACGAAUCACCUGGAGCAAUCUUGAAUCGUCUUUUCGCUCAGCCUUUUCCGCCACAACAGAUCUCACGUGAAGCAUCAUAUCGAGCACUCUUGACACGCCUUUUACCUCAGCAUUCUCCGGCCCAACAAGAAGCACGUGAAGCAGCAUUCCAAGCACUCUUGAGACGUCUCACAACUCAGCCAAAUUGA